UGGCCGAGCCUCACUGGCAAGAGCGAAGAGCAGACCUUUUCCGGCUGUCUCUCUCAGUUUCCUUCAUUGCCCGCAAAGUCCUAACCCCUUACUCUUCAGUGUGGGCCCCGCAACCUCCGGCACCUGCAGCCGUCUCUCUCCCCAAGCCCGGGGCACUGCGGGUUAGGACCGCGUUGAAGGAGCGGUCAACAUACGGAACUGGAGGAGGUUACAUACUUUGCACAAAUUAGGCCUCUGUGCAUUUGAACAAGUGGGGAAAUGAAUAAAGAUGCAUAAUAAUGACCUUGUUAAGAGAAGAAAGAAAAGGAGAACGAGAGCUUUGUGGCCUUCAAGGAGUGUCAUCGAGGCGGAUGAAUUAAAAGUGUAUGAAUGAGCUUACGCAUUAAAAGCAGGAAGUGGAAAGAAUAAGAACAAUUAAGGUCUUCGUCUCUUCUGUACUUAAACAACUAACUUCUUAGGUUAUCUGGGAACAAAGCAGGACAAGUCUGGGCACCUGAAGGAUCUACUGCUUUCAAGUGUCUGCUCUCAGCAAGGUUAUGUGCUGCUCUCCUGAGCAACAUCUCUGACUGUGAUGAAACAUUCAACUACUGGGAACCAACACACUACCUCAUCUAUGGGAAGGGGUUUCAGACUUGGGAAUAUUCCCCAGUUUAUGCGAUUCGCUCCUAUGCUUACCUGUUGCUUCAUGCCUGGCCAGCUGCAUUUCACGCAAGAAUUCUACAAACUAAUAAGGGCUGUGUGCAAGAAGUUUGGGCUGCAUGUGAGUCGAAUGAUGCUAGCCUUCUUGGUUCUUAGCACUGGCAUGUUUUGCUCCUCAUCAGCAUUCCUUCCUAGCAGCUUCUGUAUGUAUACCACAUUGGUAGCCAUGACUGGCUGGUAUAUGGACAAGACUUCCGUUGCUGUGCUUGGAGUAGCCGCUGGGGCUAUCUUAGGCUGGCCAUUCAGUGCUGCUCUUGGUUUACCCAUUGCCUUUGAUUUGCUGAUCAUGAAACACAGGUGGAAGAGUUUCUUUCAUUGGUUUCUGGUGGCUCUAAUACUCUUUCUGGUGCCUGUGGUGGUCAUUGACAGCUACUACUAUGGGAAGCUGGUUGUUGCACCACUGAACAUCAUCUUGUACAAUGUCUUUACUCCUCAUGGACCUGAUCUUUAUGGUACAGAACCCUGGUAUUUCUAUUUGAUUAAUGGAUUUCUUAAUUUUAAUGUAGCCUUUGCUUUGGCUCUCCUGGUCCUACCACUGACUUCUCUCAUGGAAUACCUGUUGCAGAGAUUUCAUGUUCAGAAUUUAGGCCACCCAUAUUGGCUUACCUUGGCUCCAAUGUAUAUUUGGUUUAUAAUUUUCUUCAUCCAGCCUCACAAAGAGGAGAGAUUUCUUUUCCCUGUAUAUCCACUUAUAUGUCUCUGUGGCGCUGUGGCCCUCUCUGCACUUCAGAAAUGCUACCACUUCAUGUUUCAGCGAUACCGCCUGGAGCAUUACACGGUGACGUCGAACUGGCUGGCAUUGGGAAUGCUCGUCCUGUUUGGGCUCUUGUCCUUUUCUCGCUCUGUGACGCUGUUCAAAGGGUAUCACGGGCCCCUUGAUUUGUAUCCAGAAUUUUACCGAAUUGCCACGGACCCAACCAUCCACACUGUCCCAGAAGGCAGGCCUGUGAAUGUCUGUGUAGGAAAGGAGUGGUAUCGCUUUCCCAGUAGCUUCCUUCUGCCUGAUAAUUGGCAGCUUCAGUUCAUUCCAUCAGAGUUCAGGGGUCAGUUACCAAAACCUUUUGCGGAGGGACCGCUUGCCACUCGAAUUGUUCCUACUGACAUGAAUGACCAGAACCUGGAGGAGCCAUCCAGAUACAUUGACAUCAGUAAAUGCCAUUAUUUAGUGGAUUUGGACACCACGAGAGAAACACCCCGGGAGCCGAAAUAUUCAUCAAAUAGAGAAGAAUGGAUCAGCUUGGCCUACAGACCAUUCCUUGAUGCUUCUAGAUCUUCAAGGUUGCUGCGGGCAUUCUAUGUCCCCUUUCUGUCAGAUCAGUAUACAGCAUAUGCAAACUAUACCAUCCUCAAACCCCGGAAAGCAAAGCAAAUCAGGAAGAAAAGCGGAGAGCGGAGAAGAGCAGAACCACCUUACAGGAAGAAUUGAAAAUCCCUGAACUGGAUGGCUGCGUUAAACUGCUCUCCAUACUCUGGCCUGGCAUCUGAGAACUAGCAAGCCUCUUUGGGGCCAUAUGGGCUUCUCCACCAAAGCUGUUUGGCAGCUCCUAGCAGACCUUGUUCAAAUCCUAGUGCUGAAAAUGAGCACAGCCUAAUUUCCAACCUACAUGUCCUUUUCACCUUGUGCAAGACUAAGCUUCUCUAAAGCACUUCACAGGACAAGGACCCUGUCCUGGAGAUAUCUCAGGAAAAAGGCAACCAUUUGAGGAACUGGAACCUAAUUUCAUUAUAUAGGAUGCCUCUUAUUUUCAUUUUAUUUCCUUUACAACAAACUGUAAUUAUGUUUUCUUUAAGUUUUAGCAUGCUGUUUCUUGAAUUUAAGACUUCUCUGUAUAAAGAAGGGUAUCAACAGACCAGACCUAAUUGUACACGACAUAUUUGGAGAAAAUUAAUUCUAUCACUUGGUAGGUUUGGAUGACCUCCCAUUUUUAAGUAAUGUAUUCUGAGGCCAUUUCUGAGGAAAUUAAGAAUUUCCCUUUAUUUUUUAAAAACCCUAGUGGAAAAGGCCAGUGUAUAUUUAUAGCAUCUAUUUUUGAGUCUGUCUAUUGCAAAGCACAUUCUGCAUGGGGCCCUUCUAGUCAAAUAGGCAAUGAUAAGGACCUAAUUAAAAUGUAGUAAGUAUAUACUGUUACUUUACAUACAGUGUCCCACAGUUUACAAAGCACUUUCAUGUUAUCUCAUUUGGUCCUCACGUCAUGACGAGAGGUAGACAAGGCAAGUGGUUUUAUCCCCAUUUUAUAGAUGAUGACUUCGGGGUGGGGGUGGGGUGGGGAAGGUCAAGUGGUGUGCCCAAGGUCAUGUGACCAGCUAGUAACAGAGCUAGGGCUGGACCCUGGUCCCCUCACUACCCCCUAGUGCUCUCCCCUAGUGCUCUUCCAUACUUCCUCUCUUGACUCUGAAGACAUUACUUGGAAGAAUGAUGGUGUUGGCCAGAGACCCGCUUGAUAGUGUAACUUUCUAUUUUAAGGAAGACUUUUAUCUGUAUUUCUUUGAGUUCUUCAGAGCCUCCACUGUGCCUGUCUGACCAUCACAGCAGCACCCUACCAUGCAGCCCAGCCUGUGGCAGGAAAGUAGUGCUCAUGUUUGGAAGCCCUGCUCCUUUGCAGCCGAUCUCCUAUCAGUUGCGUUCCCACAUAGGCCAUCUGGGGUCCUAUUCUAAGGUGCCUUAUUUCCCUCAAGGUAAUUGUGUCUAGGAUCUGCAAAUAGGAUGAAGCUAUUUUCCAGAGGUUUCAUCUUUCAUUUUUCAAAGAGAAGGGCUUUCUCCAACAGAAAUUGAUCCCAAGAGAGGAGAAGAAAAGUCAUAGGGGAGGAAAUGGCUUGUUCCCACAUGACAGGUCUCCUCUUCGGGAUCCCUCUAAUGGAAUUUCUGGGGUUGAAGCGCUGGAGAGGAACUCAGUCUAGACAGUUUAGAACAGUAACUGGAGAGUGAAGAUAAGCCAGGGUCCCACUUGCUGCUUUAAAGAUUUCCGGCAUUUAACCCUCAGUGCUUGGUUCCUGCUUUCCGAGCCAAAUAUUGGCACCUGUGGUCUGACUACAGGGUAGAGAAUAUUUGGUGAAAGAUCUUGUCCUACCUGCAGGAACAGUGUCCCGUCUUUCACAAUGGCUAAAGCCCUCUACUUUUUGCAGAGGUAAAUGAGUUCCAUUACAGAGGUCCAGGGUGAGUAGCUCUUUUCCUAAUCCGAGUGAUAAUGGUGCAGGUCUAUUUUAUCAUCUUGCAUGUUAAAAAAAAAAAAAAAAAAGCCUUAUGAGUAAGAACUUACUGUAAUAGAGCACAAAAAAGGUCACAGUUGAUCCAGGGAUUCCUUGGGAAUAUCCGUUCCUAUCCCUUUUAAGACCUGGUUUUGGUUUCCUCUGUUGUAAGUUCAUCUUUAGUGAGAGCACAAUAGAUUGCAGAACAUUGUGCCAAAUGCUAUGGGUAAGAGAUAUAAAGGUGAAUUUUUUUUUUUUUUUUUUUUUUGGUGAAAAUGAGUAUUUCUCAUGUGAUGUUAUAUAACCACCUUUAAGAAAAAUCUCCAUCUCAGCAAUACAGGGAGGCUAGCUGUGCCUGAGAAAAAGAGUUUCAAAAACACCUGGUCACACAAGCAUCUCUCUUCUAGAGAACCAGUGUUUAGCAUGAGCUACCAUAAGCUCUGCUUCCCAUAAGGAUGAAGUCUCCAAGGCACUUGUUUCUCCACAGGUUGUUGAGUAUUGAAGAAUGAAGGACUACAGAUUAUUUGUAAGAACCUUUGAUUACGGAGCUGAGCGAGGGAGUGGUUGUACUUGGCAGUUUCAGGGCUUGCUGAUCUCUAAAGUUUAUUUAUGUUUUAAUAAUCUCUGUGUGGGGCUCAGAUCACAACCCUGAGGUCAAGAGUCACAUGCUCUUCCGACUGAGCCAGACAGGUGCCCCCCUAAUCUCUAGGUCUUAAGCAGCCUUAUCUGAAUCCCAGAUCUUAAGACACUGAGCCCCAUCACUGAACCAGACACUGUAUUGGCAUCUAUUAUCAAAGUGUGCCUAUCACCUGGUACACUUUGAGGAAAGACCAGUCACUUUAAUCUCUUGGGAUAAUCCUAGAAAAUGGGAACCCCUACUCUUUCUUAUUGAAUUCAAGUUUAGAAACAGAUUGUUUUAAAUCAAGGUGGUUCUUGAUCUCAACCAUUUAUUUGGGUCAUUUUUCCUGGUUCGGAGUUCUGGGAAAGAGUGUUAAAAACUCAUGUGAUUUUAUAGCAUUAGAUCUGGAAUGACUGUUAGGACAAAGCACCAAUGGCAGUCCUUCAUUGUGUGUUGCAUUUCAUGGCAUUUAUUGAA